UGGCAGCCUAUGUGAUUGCCGCGUCACUCAACGCGCCGUUCUCAUUCUGUCGCUUAUAUACCACUCAUCAAUUGACGUUUUUGUCUCACUAGUAACACAGCUGAUUUUCUCUCUCCCAUUCCCAUUCUCAUUCUCAUUCUCAUUAUUGACAAAGAAAAAGAAAAAGAUGGUUCAUAGGAUGGAUACCGUCGAGGAAUUCCCGGCGCAAGGAAAACUCUGCAAAAGAAAGGUGAAGGUGAAGGUGAAGGCUGAGUUCGACGACUCAGCCAGUGACGGUACACAUGGGCCAUUUCUGUCUAAGAGGCCCAAGUUCGAUUUUGUAAACAACGGUAACGUUGAAGUAUUGGAAUAUAAUCCUUUGAAGGAGCCGAGUCCGUUGGGAUUGAAGCUGAAAAAGAGUCCGUCUUUUUUGGAUUUGAUUCAAAUGAAGUUGUCACAAGAAAAAAGUGCAAGAAAAGAAAAGGGUGCUUCUGCUGCUGCUACUGAUAGUAAGCUUAAGGCUUCUAAUUUCCCUGCCACUGUACUUAAGAUUGGCACUUGGGAGUAUAAAUCGAGAUACGAAGGUGAUUUAGUGGCAAAGUGUUAUUUUGCUAAGCACAAGCUCGUAUGGGAAGUUCUGGAUGGUGGACUUAAGAAUAAGAUUGAAAUUCAGUGGUCUGACAUUAUGGCUAUCAAGGCAAAUUACCUUGAUAAUGAACCUGGGACACUUGAUGUUGUGUUAUCUCGGCAGCCUCUUUUCUUUAGAGAAAUUAAUCCACAGCCAAGGAAGCACACUUUGUGGCAGGCAACAACAGAUUUUACAAGUGGCCAGGCUUCACUCCAUAGGCAACAUUUUCUGCAGUUUCCUGAGGGCACUUUAGGAAAGCAUUUUCAAAAGCUCAUUCAGUGUGAUCCUCGUCUCAGCUUCUUAAGCCAACAGCCACAGACAGAAUUAGAUACUCCUUAUUUUCAACCAAGAGUUUCCAUUUUUGGUGAUCAAAGUAACACUGAACAUGGUUUUGAAUUGAAGACUGGAGGGAGAUUCAGUUUUUCAGGCAUCAGGGAUACACUUUCAGUUUCUGGAUUGUCUUCUUCAGAUAUUGAGAACCAAAACCCUAUUGGAUCACUUAAGGAGACCUCUCAAAAGAAUCAGCUCAUCCCAGAUAUGAACUUGUUGGAAGGAGAUGUGAGCAGCAAGUAUAAUAAUGCUGAUGGACUCAAAUUUCUAAACGAGAUCAAACUUCCUGGUCUUCAUCCAUCCAUGUCAGUAGGUGAUCUUGUAAACCACAUUGGUGACUGCAUCUCGGAGCAGAUGAGGUCUGACAAUCCUAAUCUCUCAAUUGAUGAACCUCGUAAGUGGGAAAUUCUUGAGGAGAUGACUCAAUACCUACUCAAUGACUCGCAAACCUUGACAAGUUCCGAUGAAAACUGUAUCAUGUCAAGAGUUAAUUCCCUUUGUUGCCUUCUGCAAAAGGAUGACGUAGGUGCUCAGAACGCACAGGCCAGAGUUGAGAAUGAACGGGAUCUUGCUAUGGGCAACACUCAACCUGCCGCCACACAAUUGUAUGAAAAUCAAACUGCAAAGACUGUUGUUGCAACACAAAGUGAGAUUGGUAUAGGCAAUGAUUUCCAACAGGGAACAAGCAUGUCAAGGAAGGAUUCAGUUGGUGAGCUCCUCCUCCAUCUUCCAAGGAUAGCAUCUCUUCCUCAGUUCUUAUUCCCAGAAGAUUCAAGAAUCACAGGCAGAUAGCACAUAAAUUAGUGUAAAGCUCCUGUCUGUAAAUAUGUGCUUUCUGUAUCUGAAUAUGACAUCUGCAGGUUCCAUCAACUUGUACAAUAUCUGAUUAUGGGUAGAUCUGAUUGAUGUCCGUCUUCUCACGCUUGGGAGGACAUACCUGCAAGAGUCUGUUCAUCACAAAUAUCACAAUGGCACAUGAAGAAUUUCCUGUCUUUAACCCUUACUAGAAGGUAAAACUCAGGGAAUGCUGAUGCUAUAGCAGGUUCUACUUUUUGAGUCUUGUAUAGACGUUGUGGUGUGCCUGUAUUAGGGGUCAGUAAGUAAGACCGAGACUAAGACAUUGUGGAGAAGCUGGUGUUUCUUUGGCUUUAGGCCUUGUACUUCAGUUGGUAACAAAAUGAAUUUAUUUUGAAAAAACCAAGUAUGUAGUAUCUCUCUUUAAAGAAAGGAUGUGUAAUAUGUGAUGAGAACAAACUUAGGUGUUCAAUCUUUCUUCAA